AUGUGGUGGCUGUGGUGGGCGAUGGUGGCGGCGCUGGCCGCGGUGGUGCUUGACUUCGGCGCGCGGGCGGCCCACGCGUGGUACUGGACGGCGUCGCUGGGCGGCGAGAGGCGCCGCCGGCUCCCGCCGGGGGACAUGGGGUGGCCGCUCGUCGGCGGCAUGUGGGCCUUCCUCCGCGCCUUCAAGUCCGGCAAGCCGGACGCCUUCAUCGACUCCUUUGUCCGACGGUUCGGUAGGACAGGGCUGUACAGGGCGUUCAUGUUCAGCUGCCCGACGGUCAUGGUAGUGACAGCGGACGCGUGCAAGCAGGUGCUUAUGGACGAUGAGGCCUUCGUAACCGGCUGGCCUAAGGCCACCGUCAUGCUCAUCGGUCCCAAGUCGUUCGUCAACAUGCCGUACGACGAGCACCGCCGCCUUCGCAAGCUCACGGCGGCGCCCAUCAACGGCUUCGAGGCCCUCACGUCCUACUUGGGCUUCAUUGACCACACCGUCGUCUCCACGCUCCGGGCCUGGUCCUCGGAGAAUAAGGAGAUCGAGUUCCUGACGGAGAUGCGGCGGAUGACGUUCCGGAUCAUCAUGCAAAUCUUCAUGAGCGGCGCCGACGAGCGUACCAUGGCCUAUCUGGAGAAGAGCUACACGGAGCUCAAUUACGGCAUGCGCGCCAUGGCCAUCAAUGUACCCGGGUUCGCCUACCACAAGGCGCUCAAAGCACGGAAGAAGCUGGUGACUGUGCUGCAGCGUGUUCUGAACGAGCGGCGGGCAAAGGGGAAGGGGGGCAGGAAGGUGGUGGACAUGAUGGACAGGCUGAUUGCAGUGGAAGACGAGAGCGGGAGGCGGCUGGAGGACGACGAGAUCAUCGACAUCCUCCUCAUGUACCUCAACGCCGGUCACGAGUCCUCCGGCCACAUUACCAUGUGGGCCACCGUGUUCAUGCAGGAGAACCCCGACAUCCUCGCCAAGGCCAAGGCAGAGCAGGAGGAGAUCAUGAGGAACAUACCGCCUACACAGAAGGGGCUCAACCUCAGGGAUUUCAGGAAGAUGGAGUACCUCUCACAUGUGAUCGACGAAACACUGAGGUUUGUCAACAUCUCCUUCGUGUCAUUCCGUCGGGCGACUCGAGAUGUCUUCAUCAAUGGUUAUCUGAUACCCAAGGGGUGGAAGGCUCAGCUGUGGUACAGGAGUGUGCACAUGGACCCUCAGGUGUACCCUGACCCCAAGAAGUUCGACCCUUCAAGAUGGGAGGGCCCGCCACCGAGAGCUGGGACGUUCCUUCCGUUUGGCCUCGGUGCGAGGCUGUGCCCCGGGAACGAUCUUGCUAAGCUGGAGAUCUCUGUCUUCCUCCACCAUUUCCUCCUUGGCUACAAGCUGACAAGGGUAAAUCCAGACUGCAAGGUGAGGUACCUGCCUCACCCCCGGCCGGUGGACAACUGCCUGGCCAAGAUCACCAAAGUAUCCUCCUCCAAUGGAUACUGAAAAUCCCAAACCCUAGGCGGCGGCACCGGGAUGCGCCAUGUUGAAACUUAGAAUGCCUGUGUAUGCAAACAGAAUAUGAAAAGAAUAAAGUACAAGGUGUCCGUUGAUUUGGUUAA